GCUUAGAGCGCCUAGGACCUAAGGCAAGCCUAAGCGCCAUGCAAUCGUAUAAACAUACAUAACGUCUCUUCUUUCCCGCAAGAGCAUCCAUCGGCUUGGUUAUCUUCUUAGACGAAGUUCAAGCCCGACCCAACCAUCAUGCUCAUCCCCGUUGUGUCCACUCUCGCGUUCAACUUGCUGAAAGCAUGUAGCGUUGUCCUCUUGAUUUUUGUAGCAAGAGGACUGGUGUGGUUGAUUAACAUGACGAUAGUAGCACCUAUGUUUGACCCGCUCAAGAACAUGCAGGGACCCGACGGUUCUCCGCUACAGAACCAUUUUCGUGAGGUCAUGGAUCCCAGCGUAUCUCCAGAUACACAUGAGAACUGGGUCAAGUCAUUUGGAAAGACAUUCAGGUUUCACGGUUUCGGCAGGCACGACUUCCGACUCUUCUCCGUCGAUUUUUGUGUUUUGUCGCAUAUCCUCAAUUCGCCGAUUUACGAGAAGCCAUGGCAAACGAGAACCUUGCUGUCGAACCUUUUCGGGCACGGGAUUUUUGCAAUGGAAGGCACCGAGCAUAAAACCUUGAGGAGUUUGAUUGCACCGGCCUUCUCAACACAAUCGAUCAAAGCCAUGACUCCCAUAUUCUUCCAAAAAGCCGAAGAAUUACGGGAUAAAUGGGAGAAUCUUGCGUCUUCUCCUACACUGGCCGACGAUGCGAAAUUCCCUCCCCCUCCUGCACCACCCUACUCUCCUUCUCCUUCUUUUGCUGAGGCAAUGAUCGACGUCGCUCACUGGUUCUCCCGUGCAACAUUCGACGUGAUGGGUUUGACAGGGUUUGACUACCACUUCCAUGCUCUCCAGUGUGAAUCAGAAGAAGUCUACUUGGCAUACAGAAACAUGUUCAGGCUCGCUGACAAGGGUCCCGGAUUGCGAGGACUCGUCCAGCUUUAUUUCCCGAUCAUUGAGAAGAUAUUUCCCAAUGAAGCCACGCGCAUCACAAAUGAAAGUCAGCGCGUAAUCAAUGAAGCAGGCCAGCAGCUCAUUCAGAGUAAGAAAUCUGCCAUUCUUGCUGAGAAAGCAAGUGCGAGCGAGAUCAAAGAAAAGGACAUUCUUAGCUUACUCAUCAAAUCAAACCUUUCGGCGGAUAUUUCUGGGCGACUUUCUGACGCAGACCUUCUGGCCCAACUUUCGACAUUCCUUUUCGCCGGCUCCGACUCUACAGCUCUUACCAUGUCCUGGUGCAUCCACCUCCUUUCUCUCCACCCUAAUGUCCAAGGUCGUCUACGCAAUGAAUUAGGCUCUCUGUCUCCUUGUGCAUCCAAUUCUGCUUCGAUGUCAGGAUAUUCUGUACAGUCACACGCAGAAGCCAUUGACGGGCUUCCUUUCCUCGACGCAGUGGUCCGAGAAACACUGCGCUUGUGCCCUCCUGUGCACGGUACAAUGCGGGUUGCCACCCGCGAUGAUAACGUCCCGAUAUCUGCGCCCAUAGUUCUCCGCAAUGGUACAAUUAUACAAGCGGGCGAGACCAUCCCUCUUCGCAAAGGCUCUUACGUACACAUUCCCAUCGAGGCUUUGAACUUUAGCACUGACAUCUGGGGCGAUGAUGCAAGAAUAUUCAACCCUGAUCGCUGGUUUUCUCUUCCUCACACCACACGAGCGCCCUCUAAUCCAGGAAUCGCGAAUCUAAUGACGUUCUCAUUCGGUCCACAUGCUUGUCCAGGCUGGAAGUUCUCGAUGUUGCAAACUAAAAUAUUCCUUGCGACUCUCGUGCCUCAUUUUGUUUUUGAGCCUGCUACAGAUAUACAAAAGUUCAACGCAAUUCUGACGCGGCCAUACGUAUAUGAUCAAUUUGAAUUUGGCACGCGGCUACCUGUAAAGAUCGGACGAGUACAUCUCUAAUAUUUGUAGAUGGGUACAUUUUCAAGAUACUGUUGUAGCAAAUUGGUUGUGUAUUUUACUCUAUCCUUAUUGUCGCUAAAACAUUCAUCUGGUCA